UCAUUUUACUAUUUUUGUAAGGGUAUAACAUUUUCAUUAUUAUGAUACCGGCAAAUCUUUUUUCUUCGCAAAAUCAAAACCUCGGGAUUCCACUAUACGAUAUAUACAUUAUAUCAUUUUUGUAUGAGUGGUAUUAAUAUUUUCUUCCUUAUAACAGCUUGUGGUAGCACAUGAUAAAUGUAAGUCAUUUAUAUACAUUUUAUGGACUUCUUCAAAUAUGGGCUUGAGUUUUUUUAAUAAAAUCAUACUAGCUCAUUUUGAUUUCUUUUGUGAUUUGUCACAUAAUUACAACAGAAUUAUGCUUCCAAAAAGCAGUGUUGAAACAUAUCUUUAAUAGUUUAUUAGAUAAAGUAAAAAUGGGGUGUAGUGCGCUAAGUGUAUAUGCAAAGAAAUGACAAAAAAUUGGAUUGUAGUGUACUGAUUUGAAAGAAGAAAACGACUAUAAUUGAUAUUUAACAAAAUAAAAUUUGUCGUUUAGGUACACACAAUAUGGACUGACCAAUUUUACAAAUUGAAAUGAUAAACAACGACAAAUGGGUCCAUCUUAACGGAAUAUACAAUUGUGAGUUACCCAACCGGCUGGAUAGGAAAAAGUAGAGAGUCACGACAACAUGGUGUCUAAAAUGUUGUUUUUCUUCAUUCUUUUGAUGAUGCGUGAGUGUAUCAGCAGUGCUAUGAGUGCGCAAGGGAAUUGUACAGUAGCUAAUGAAAUAAUGACAUGUGAACAUACGUUUCCAACCAAAAUCCAAUUAAACGUAACAACUGUUGUCAUAAAAGAUUACCGAGAACAAAACAUAGUCAAUACGACUUUCACUGAUACAAGCUGGAGUAAAGUAACCUCACUUGACAUUACUGUGAACGAAGAAACAUAUUUCGAACUAAUUAAAAACAAUUUCGUUCAACUCAAAAUGAAACUGACCAUUCUUGGAAUUCACGCUCCAAGGUUAACAGUCAUUAACAGGCAUUCAUUUCGAAAGCUUAUCCAUCUCCGAACUUUAGAUUUGUCCCACAGCGUGUAUAUCAACGAAGACGAAUUGAUAGCAUCUAUUCUGGAUAGCAAGCUGAGGCUUACUGCAUUGAAUCUUAGUUAUAUAUCUUCGGGUCGACCGCUUCACAUAGACCAGAACUUUCUGCAGAUGAUUGCAGAAUCGAAAACGGAACAACUGCGUUUAAGCGGAUCUAAUCUGAUACUAAAGGGACCUUUAGAUGUUACAAACUUAAAAUUCGAAUUAAGUUACUUCAAUAUUUCUAACACAUCCAUGGCUGUCUCAGAUUUAAAACAUUCAAGCGAAGUAAAAGCAAUGGCACAUUUUCUUGAAAAUUUAAAAGAUCUUGAUAUAUCUUAUAUGAAAUCCAGAUUCCUUGAAAUCGAUUAUGGAUUUUUGCAGAGCAAAAGUGAAGUUCAAAACUGUAAUGGAUAUUCUUAUUUCGAAAUGAUCAGCAAAGCACAAAAUUUAUUUUUAAAUGGAAUCUGGUCAACAAAUUUCUACGGUAACAAUUCUCUCGUUGAUUUGUCUGCUUGUAUUAUAAAUGUGAAAUCCCUACAUCUUAAGAGAAAUAAUAUGGUCUAUCUAAACGUUACAAUUAAAUGGCCAAAAGAAAAUGACUUUAAAACAAUCGAUUUGUCACAAAACGGUAUGGAGUACCUGAAUCCGGACUUCUUUAUUGGACUGACGUCCUUAGAAUUCAUUGACCUUGCUGGAAACAAACUAAGUUUCAUGGAAAGGUCAAAAGAAUUUUCGGCUUUGUUUGCAAAUUUUCAAGACUUACGACACUGCAACAUGUCACACAAUAAAUUAACUUUUAUUCCAAAACACAUGUUCAAAAAUAAUGCGAGAAUUGUCGAACUUGAUCUUUCGAGUAAUGAUUUGACAUCAGUAAAUUUUGACCUUGAGCAGUUAACUGACAUACGACUGCUGUCGCUAAAGAAUAAUAGAUUUAAAUUUCUGAAUGAGAGAGAUUUCACAAAACUAGACUUCUUGAUGCAGUUGCGAAAUAAUGUGAUUAAUAUUGACAUUACCGGAAACCCGCUAGAAUGCUCGUGCAAGUCAACAAAAUUUUUGAAAUGGAUAUCUUCAAAGCUGCAGCCAUGUACAAAUCACUUUUACCAGUGUCAACUUGAAGGCCAAACAUAUUCGAUAGAUGAAACUGUUAUUGAAGAAGCUAAAUAUUUGUGUAUAAGGACUGCGAUAAUUAUAACUUGGACAUGUGUUACCGUUGCUAUCAUAAUUGUUAUUGUGUCUAUGGCAGUUUUCCUAUAUUUAAGGGUUAAGAGAAAUAAGCGAAAACAAGCAAAGGAAACUUUCUUACGUGGCCUUGGUGAAGGUAUAUUGUCACAAAAAUAUCUGUGUUUUCUUUCCUUCUCGAGCAAUGAGGAUAAUGAUUUGAUAACUGAACUCGGUCGUUCUAUAGAUGAGACUCUAAAGACAUUAACAGGAAUACCAGAGCGCAGUCUUGUGUGUAUAGGAGAUUUAGAUUUUCGUCCUGGGUACCCUGUCGUUGAAGAGAUAUUCCGCAUGGUGAAUCAAAGUUAUGUUAUGGUGUGUUUAGUAUCAAAGGAAUUUUGUGCCAGCAAGUGGUGUGACCUGGAAUUGAAAAUUGCUAACGAAAAUAAUAAACCCAUCAUUUUAAUUUUUAAAGAGGAAGUGCAAAGAAGCGAAAUGACAACGUUGCUACAUAAUAUUUUCAAUACGAAAAUCAGAGCAAAACUUAUUAUAGAAGAAGGGGAAUAUCGUUUGAUACCAGGAUACGAUAUACUGUGUGAAUCUAUACUUGAACUUGCUCUUAACAGUUUCGCCUAGCUUGGGGACCAUGGAUCCCAUUAACUUUUCAUUUAAGAGAAAUGAUAACAAAAAUAAAUCUAAGUAUGAGGUGACUUUCAAACUGUAAUAUCUCCGAAUUACUAUAUAAAUAGAUACGUGUAUAAAGAGUUUAUCAUUGUCAGGAAUCGACAGUACAACCGCCAAGUUUAAAGUAUAAAAAUGUAUUCUAACACGACAUGAUUAUUUUUGCCUUUUAAUAACAAAAAGAAAAAAUGAAAAAAACAAACAAAAAAAAAAAAAGAAGAAAAAAAAAAAAAAAAAAAAAAAAAAAAAAAAAAAAAAAAAAAAAAAAAAAAACAAUAAAAAACAAUAAAAAACAAAAAUAAAUGGUGAAACUUAAUUAAUAGUUAUCUCUACAACAACAGUUUCUGUUUUAAUAUAGUUAGCUAUAUACAGAAUGCAGGAGGGUAAUUUUGAAUUGUCUGUAACGUAUGAAUCAACCGUUUUCUAACCGUAGAACAACGAGUGAAAGGAGUUCGCUGACAUACAACGCUAAUAUUUCUCCCUCGCAAUAUGUUUUGACAUCUAUCAGGGAGCCAGAUAUCUACCAUUGCCGAUCAUCUAUUGGCAAUAAGCAAGAUAAAUUAUUAUUGUUACAUAGUGACAUCAGAAAAUUGUUCAAACAUUUUACGCAAGCUAAAAUGUACUAAAUAAAAUGCUCGCGUCUAUUGACUCAACUUGCUCCCCCACCCCCACGCCCCCUGCCGACACCUCUACAUAUUCAACUAAAUUUUGGAAAAGUGGAAUUCCAGAUACAUUAGAACACUUUAUCAACUUGUGUCUAAAUGACUGAAUAAAUAUACCCUCUAAGAAAACUACUGCUUAAUUUGCUAUUAUAAACUCUCAAUACGAAAAUGCAAUGACAUGACUACCUUGAUGCAACAAGGCUGAAUCAAGGCACGUCUACGUACUGGUGACAUUUAUAGGAAUUAUAAAUUCAACUCAUUUAAAACUCUAAACGUGGUCGGUCACGAGAUGAAAGAAAGUCGUGACAACUACCCGAAACACCGAGUGUUAAUUAUAAAUUUUAAGAUAGGAAAUAUAUAAUCUGGCAACAUGAUAAACAAGAUGAUUCAAUAAUUUGAAAAAUGAAUUAUCGCAUACAAUUUUCACAAUAGCCAUAGUGAAAUCUUAGACGUCUCAAUUAUUUAAACAAGUUAAUCGAGCUUAGUGAAAGAGCCAAGACAAGAUAGAAAUAACGAUAGCUCAUUUAUGAAAAACAUCCAAAUUGUCCGAUACGUAAGCAGAAAUUAAAGUUCAUUUCAACUUAAAAAAACAUCAGUGGCAGCUUAAUCAUAUAAUUAUAUAAUAAAAAUGAAGGUGGUUUCUAACUGAUUGCAAUGAGAAAACAACUGUUUAUUCAGCGGAUUGAUGUAAGGCUCGUUGUUGACUGUGUACCUACUUCAUAAUUUAUAUGUAUUCUGCCUUCAUAUUAUUGAGGUUGUUUCUAAUUGAUUGCAAUAAGAAAACAUUUGUUAGCGUAUUUAGGGAUGGAUGUUAGAUUCAUAGUUGAUUGUGUAUCUUCUUCAUAACGUUCAUGUACUAGUAUUCUACAUUUAUAUACGUAUUUCAUUUGUUAUAUACUAGUAUUGAAUAUAAGCAUAUUUGAUAUAGGACUGUUUACACCCCAAAAGAAGUGACUACUCCGUGUUACAUCUGAAGUGUGAAGUAGCCCAAAAUGUAGUUACAUGUUAUUAGUGAGAGUCAUUAUGGAUGUGGCAGUUGUAUUUUUUGGCUUAUUGUUAUAGCUUAUCGUAUUGUAAAAAGACCUAUACUAUUUUAAUUGUGAAUUUCCAGGUUUAAGUUUUAUUCAUUGCGGCAUUGUCUACAUACGCGUAACUGCUAAACGGCAAGUUUCAUGGGCGCAUUUUCAAAUAGUGACGAUUUCAGAACAGUUUAUUUUUCUGAUAGUGUAACAUAAUAUCUAAAUACUUUAUAUAUAUAUAUAUAUAUAUAUUUGGUAAAAUGACCUGUAAUACUAAAGUGCCUAUAUAUGGUUUUCAUAUCAUUGAAAUGCUCUGAAAUACUGAAAAUCAGAUCUCAAGAUUUCAUUUAUUCAUAUGAAAUAAAGAAGAAACUGAAUUGGUAUAAGAAAACCUAUACAUGUAUUUCGCAAGUUAAAAAUGUUAUAAAUCUAAACUGCGAAAAUAUUUAAGUUCAUAAACAAAGAAAAAUGGAAGCAAUUUUUGAUAUAGAAUAUAACUUUAUGUCAUUGGUUGAAGAUGCAAAUGUAGAUGUUCGGUUGGAGGAACUCAAAUAUUUUCGGCAUUUUGAUUUAUAAUAAUCUAUCAGCCGCCAUUUCUAUUUGCUUUUCGUUUGUCAAUUUUUGAAUUUUACGAGCGGCUAUGUCUCGAUAAACAACAGUACAUACUACCAACAGUUACUAGUACUUAAGUACCUUUACUACAUUUUUGUCUGUGCUCAGCCACAAGCGCCUUAGUGUGUUACCUUUCUCAGUACAGACAAUUUGAAUGUUUUGCUACGUUCUUCAUUAACUGCUGUCUUAAUGUUUUACAAAUAGUUUUAGGCAGUAAAUAAGAUGAGAAGAAAUACCAAAAUUGUACUUUUUAAGUUCUUAAACUAUACUUGUCAUAUUUUUCAAUACACUAUUCAGUAUUUGUCUAUGUUAAAUACGCGAUUCAUGUAUUCAUGACUGUUAUUAUUUGUUUGUUGACAAUUUGUUUAGAAACUUUAUAAGGUAAUUACAUGAAAAAAUAAAAUUGUCCUUUAUAUGUAAUGAAACGUUCUUUGUAAAUCCUUUGGUGUUUGUGAUGGUCAUCUUUUUAAACUGAAAUCGGACAUCAAAAUGAAAUUAAAAUCAAGGUUAUAUCAAAAGCAUGUAUACCUGACAAAGUCAUAUGUUUUAGAUGAUAGUAUUACGUAAAACUUUGCCUUGUUUAAUUGCUGUAGGUUACCGAAAUGUCUUUUUUUCUUUUUAAUGUACGAUAUUCGAUCUUCCUUCUGACACAACUGAAAAAUAAACAACGAAAAACGUU